AUGAAGAAGCUUGGUAAAAACGUUCCUGAACUCAUCAUUCUUCCUGUUUACAGUGCCCUUCCUAGUGAAAUGCAGUCUAGAAUCUUCGAUCCUCCCUCCUGGUACACGGAAAGUGGUUGUGGCUACAAACAUUGCAGAAGCUUCUUUGACGAUAGAUGGGAUUUAUAUGUUGUUGAUCCCGGGUUUGCGAAGCAGAACGUGUAUAACCCAAAGCAAGGGCUAGAGUCGCUAGUCAUAACUCCAAUCUCACAGGCGUCGGCGGAGCAGAGAGCUGGACGUGCUGGUCGUACUGGUCCUGGUAAAUGUUACCGUCUCUACACUGAGAGCGCAUUCCGUAACGAGAUGCCUCCUACAUCAAUCCCUGAAAUCCAGAGGAUUAAUCUCGGAAUGACAACGCUGACCAUGAAAGCAAUGGGGAUCAACGACCUGUUAUCGUUUGACUUCAUGGAUCCACCGCAGCCGCAAGCUUUGAUCUCUGCUAUGGAACAGCUGUACAGCCUGGGAGCGUUGGAUGAGGAAGGAUUGCUGACAAAGCUAGGUAGGAAAAUGGCGGAGUUUCCUCUUGAACCGCCGCUCUCUAAAAUGUUGCUGGCUAGUGUGGAUCUCGGGUGCAGCGAUGAGAUAUUGACGAUGAUUGCGAUGAUCCAAACGGCAACAUAUUCUACAGACCGAGGGAGAAGCAAGCUCAAGCAGACCAAAAGAGGGCCAAGUUUUUCCAGCCUGAAGUCACGAUCUCUACGGCGUGCUCAAGACGUGAGGAAACAACUUGUCAGCAUUAUGGACAAGUAUAAGCUAGAUGUGGUGAGUGCUGGGAAGAAUUUCACCAAGAUAAGGAAAGCAAUCACAGCAGGAUUCUUCUUCCACGGAGCAAGGAAAGAUCCACAGGAAGGUUACAGGACGCUGGUGGAGAAUCAAGCGGUUUACAUACAUCCGAGCAGUGCUCUUUUUCAAAGGCAGCCCGACUGGGUGAUCUAUCACGAUCUUGUGAUGACGACCAAAGAGUAUAUGAGGGAAGUGACUGUGAUUGACCCAAAGUGGCUUGUUGAGCUAGCUCCAAGGUUCUUCAAAGUCUCUGAUCCAACCAAGAUGAGUAAGCGUAAGCGCCAAGAACGCAUUGAGCCUCUGUAUGAUCGUUAUCAUGAGCCUAACUCAUGGCGUCUCAGCAAAAGACGUGCUUGA